AACGAAAUUACGAGCUGAUAGAUUGUAUUCUUGUGACCCGUAAUAAUUUUUCUGAUCUACUCUCAAUAUAACGUGGUGCAAACCCGGAACAUUUGGAUUAUCACACGGUUAUCUUCCGUUGUCCGAUUCAUCAUUUAUGGGUACCACGCCACUUGAGUCUUACAGCCAAUAACAUCACGGAAGAAAUGACCAAUCAGGAUUUACAAACCGGACUUACAACAUUCGAUUGACAACAACCAUUCACUUGACUCUGAUGAUGACUUCCGCUCAGGUUGUCGAAACGUCAGUCACCACUACUGACAACAGUCCUUCUUAGGGCUACACGGACGAUCAAACUACAAUAUUACACCUUAUUGAUUUGUUGACACCUUAUCCCUCUCACUCUCGCUGCAAGGACAGGAGCCUGAGAACGAGGUUCAAAUGCUAAAGAAUAUUUUUCUCGUAGAAUUCAUCCACAAUGAAGUCAUCAGAACACAGAUUUCAAACGCUAUUCGAGCCAUUCCGUAUCAAAUCAGUUGAGAAGAUACAACGUACCACAAGAGCUCAGCGGGUUCAGCGUCUAGAAGAGGCGAAUUUCAAUCCCUUCAUGUUGAACUCUGCAGACAUCAUUAUCGAUCUGUUGACAGAUUCUGGUACGGGCGCCAUGAGCUCUGACCAGUGGGCCGCUAUCAUGAAGGGUGACGAGUCUUACGCGGGCUCACCAAGCUACCGGAAUUUUGAAACAGUAGUGAAAGAAAUCUUUGGCUUCCGACACGUGAUCCCUACGCACCAGGGCCGCGCUGCCGAGAGGAUCUUAUUCCAGUGUAGUCUCAAAGAGGGGGAUGUCGUUCCAAACAACGCGCACUUUGAUACAACUCAGGCCAACGUAGAAAAACGGGGAGCCAAAGCUAUGAAUUUGCCAGUUUCCGAAGCCUUGGAUCCAGAGGUAAGUAUUCCAUUCGGUGGGGAUAUGGACAUCAACAAACUGAUAGAAUUGCUGUCGAGUGGAAUAAAAGAUAAGGUUACAUUGGUGAUGACAACCGUAACUAACAAUGCCACUGGUGGAAUGCCCGUCAGUAUGGAGAACAUAAGAAUGGUUUCCAAGAUUUGCCGCUCUCGAGGAAUCCCCUUCUUUCUUGACGCGUGCCGUUUUGCGGAAAAUGCUUGGUUCAUCAAAAUGUUUGAGAAAGGGUAUGCACAUCGCUCGCCGCUUCAAAUUGCACGCGAGAUGUUUUCGCACGCCGAUGGCUGUACCAUGUCUGCCAAGAAAGAUGGCCUCGUAAAUAUUGGAGGAUUUCUAGCCAUGAAUGAUGAGCAACUCGCUGACAAAUGCCGCCGCGAGUUGAUCAUAUCUGAGGGGUUUGUCACCUAUGGCGGGUUGGCCGGAAGAGAUCUCGAGGCGAUGGCCGUAGGAUUACGUGAGGGCCUAGAGGAAGACUAUCUUCAAUAUCGAGUUGGAUUUGUCAAAAUGCUGGCAGAUUUGCUGAGGGAAUAUCACAUCCCUGUGUUAACCCCACCAGGUGGACAUGCGGUCUACAUCGACGCAGCAGCUAUGUUGCCGCAUAUUCCCAGAGAUCAAUUCCCAGCUUGGGCUUUGGGCUGCGCAUUAUAUGUUGAAGGUGGUAUUCGUUGCGGUGAGCUGGGCGGUGUAAUGCUCGGUGGAGAUGAUAUAAGCUUGGAGAACGGUCACGAACAAGAAGAUGAAAAGAAGGAACUUCUUCGCCUUGCAAUUCCACGCAGGACAUAUACUGAGUCACACAUGAAGUAUACCGCUGAAGUAUUGGAGUACGUUAGCAGACACAAAAACGAAGUCAGCGGUUACAGAAUCACGUGGGCUCCUGCUGUAUUACGUCAUUUCAGUGCUCAUCUCGAACCCAUUUCCCCGCCAAACCAGGAACACGAGAACGGCAUUUGAAACGAGGGAAGAUAAUUUGGUGGAAUUCGCUACAUGUGAAUCACCAUUUCCUGUACUGCAAGGAGAAUGCUCGUAAACUCACUGACUGUUGUGAAAACUAUCCACUUAAGGAUUAAUCUUUUCUUUUGAGGCACGUAUUACACUAAUUUUAUCACUAUCCUAAUAACCAGAAUGCGGGGGUUUGUCAAACACAAGAUUCAAAUAAAG